GAGCUGCUGAUAACACUCAGUGGAAUCAUGAUGACGUCACGCCAAAUUGUAGUACAUGAGGUCAGAGGCCAAUAAAAUGUAGAUUUGCAAUUUGGAUAGUAUUGAAAUGUUUGUGUAAUUGUUAUGAGCCAUCGACAUGUUUUGAUGGGUUUUAACCGGGACGAAGUAAUUACUUGCACGUUAUCGCAGCUGAAGUUCGGCGAGUAAUAGGCAGACCCCCUAUCUUUGGUAGGUUUUACGUUUUCAUCAUGGUUUUUGGUCAGAAGUGAAGCCUGUCGUGGUAUAUAGGUGUUUGGUUCUACUGUACCAAGUACAAUCAUUAUCUGGCCCUCGUCAGACAUCAUCUCGGGCCGAAAUCGUCAUGAUAUCGCGAACCAAGCAGACCAUAUCCUUCUCAACGAACGGUGUCCAAGUGAUGCGACUGGUCAUCGCGCUGUGCCUCAGUUUGCAGGUUGUGACAACUGCUAUCAUUGACAACAGCGGUACAAUGAGUGGUUCGCUGUGUACGGACGAAAAGACAGAGCACGCGGAACCAUAUUUGAGUGAUUCUAAAGGAGAGUUUUUAUCCUCUCUACAACAUCCGGCAAUCUUCUCAGAUAAUUUGUUUAUUACGCUACCAAGGACACAACACCUGACAAUCUUAGAAUUAUCAAGACGAGUUAUAUACCCUGGUUCUGGAACUCUUAUGUGGACAGAAGGUAAUGAAACUUACUCCGAGGAAUUGUCUGAAAACUGUCUAUACCAGGGCAGUGUUCGCGGACAUCUGGACAGCAGUGUGGCGGUCUCCCUUUGUGACGGUCUAAACGGCUACAUCAUGACAGACGAAGAAGAAAUAAUGGUAGAAAAGCUCGCUGACGGAUCGUUCCACAAAUUGGUUGUUUGCAAAAGAGAAAACGAUGGAAAACGGAAGUAUGAGAAGGCAUCGCGCAGGCGUAGAGCUGCCCCCGGUGGCCGGAAGUACAUGGAAGUGCUGGUUGUUGCUGACAGCGGGACUGUCAAACUUGUAAGCAAUGAGGGUGUAAAGACAUACGUCCUUACCAUCAUGAACAUCGUAAACAAAGUGUACCAACACGAUUCACUCACCUCAGACAUCGAAAUCAUCACCACGAAGAUAAUUAAGAUGGACAAGAACGUGGAAAAGAAGGUGGUGAGGGCGUCGGACGCGAGACGGACCGUGGACAACUUCUGUAGAUGGACAACGAUCCAGUCUUACAACAACCGUUACUAUGGCGGUGGUAUCAGUUAUGACGUAGCUGUCCUCCUCACGCGGACGGUCAUGGGACCGGCAGGGUAUGCGCCGAUCACGGGUAUGUGUAAUCCAUCCCGGAGCUGUGCAGUUGUCAAAGACGAGGGGUUCACUUCCGCCUUCAUCAUUGCUCAUGAAGUGGCACACGUUAUAGGUUUGUAUCACGAUGGUCACGGGAACACUUGUCACGGAGCAGAGUAUGCCACAGCCAUUAUGGCGCCCAUGGUACAGGCCAACCUUCAGCAUCAUUGGUGGUCCACGUGCAGCAACGACCGUAUGAAUCAAAUGAUUCCAUCCUUGACCUGUUUAAACAACAACCCACUGACCCGGGAGAAUGCAAAGCACGUGACAGAUCCUAUCGGUGACCUUUGGUCGUUUGACCAGCAAUGCCAGUACGAAUUCGGCGGUAGACACACUGCUUGCAGAACGUUUUAUGGUGAUCUGUGUGCCCAGCUUUGGUGCAGCGACCAGAACGGUCACCGACUCUGUAAGACCAAGAGGGGAAGGGCCCUGGAGGGUACGUCAUGUGGCGCAGACAGGUCUUGUAAGAAAGGAACCUGUACGUAUCAUGGACGGAAGGAUCCAGUUAACGGGGCAUGGGGCGAGUGGGCAAACUGGGGGUCGUGCUCCAACGACUGCGGUGUGGGGCUCAAAUUAAGGAACCGCAACUGUGACAAACCUACACCAAAGUUCGGAGGCCGGAUGUGUACUGGUGAAGACGAACAGCUGGUGACAUGUAAAAGUGAGGCAUGUGGAUCAUAUACAGAUAUCAGAGGACUACAGUGUACUGUUCUGGAUUCCCUUCCAGUUCGCUCCUCCAGGAAUGUGUGGCUACCCUAUCAAGUCGACAAAGAGGAUCUGUUAUGUUCCCUGACCUGUAUAUCUAACACCACUGGUGAGGUGGCCACCUUCAAGGACAUUCCGAUGGAUAACGGCACACCCUGCAAAUACGACCCACCUUACGGGAUCUGUAUGGAUGGAAAAUGUGUGGCAGUCGGAUGUGAUGGCGUCAUAAACUCUACUGUGUCUGAGGAUGCCUGUGGUGUGUGUGGCGGCAAUGGUUCUGAAUGUAAAACGGUCAAAGGUCAUUUCCGCCGGAAGUUGGCCUACGCAGGACGAAAUGACGUGUACGAGCAGGUUCUUGUCCUCCCGAAGGGAUCUCGCGGGAUUAACGUGACCGAAUCGAAGCGGUCAGCGCAUUUUCUCGCCCUGAAGGAUCCGUAUUACGGAUCGUACCGGUUGAAUGGAUUUGGAAAGCCAGGAACAUCCAAAAAGUUUGUCGCUAAUGGCGCAUGGUUCAUAUAUAAGAAUAAUUGGAACAUGGAAACGUUGGAAACUAUGGGCCCACUGCGGAGCGAACUUAAAUUGAUGGUUCAUCCACAAAAUGCAAACGAGGAAGCUAACUAUGAUUAUUCCUAUACGGUAACGAAAGACGAUUUCACUUAUGAAAAGAACAUCGUGGAAUGGAAAUAUGAGGGCUGGACUGAUUGCAGUGUAACUUGCGGUACAGGUGUACAGAGUUUAGUGUACGGAUGUUACAUUCUAGAGAAUGGAACCAAGGUUGACAAUGAAAUGUGCAAAUAUUUAGAGGAUAAAGAAAAUGAGCCGAUAAAAUGCGAAAGGCUGCAAUGCAGUGCGUUCACGUACUACUGGACGAUGUCCGUUGAGUGGAGUGACUGCUCUGCCACUUGUGGUAAUGAGGGGACGCAGACCCAGAUGUACAUGUGUGAGAUGCGAACGACGGACGGAACAGGAGAGGAAGUUAAUAUUUCGAUGUGUGACGGUCUGCCCCACCCCAACUACACCCGUGAAUGUAACCGGGUACCAUGUGUUCCCGACAUUUAUGAGUGGAUACUAUAUAACUGGAGCGACUGCAGCGCUACAUGUGGUAACGACGGAGUCCAGGUGGCCACAGUCGAAUGCAUCAGACUCACACCAGACAAUAGUACAGAAGUAGUUGAGGUUGGUUUGUGCAUUAAUGAAACGGAACCAAACAAUACAAUAGCUUGUCCUCCCCAGGAAAGCUGUAUUGAAUAUACAUAUCAAUGGGUUUUGUCAGAUUGGAGCGGAUGUAGCGCUAGCUGUGGAGAAGGAGUGGAGAGAGUGUGGUAUGUUUGCGAGAGGCAGUCGGAUGGAUCAUUCGAGUCUGUAUCCGGCAAAUUCUGUGUUAAUCUACCAAGUCCGAAUUCUACUCGGCCAUGCGCUGUGCAGCCUUGCUACCAAUAUCAAUGGACAGCGAACCAGUGGAGCGAGUGUAGCGCCACCUGUGGGGAUGACGGUGUACUUGAAGCAAUGAUUGUAUGUGAGCAAGUAUCACCUGAUAAUGAAAGCGUCACAAUUACUGUUAACAGUCAAUUUUGUAACAACAUUCCAAGACCUAAAUCUACAAAAAUAUGCAACCGUAUACCUUGUGUAAGUCUUCAGUGGGUGGUGAACAGUACUGAAUGCAGCGACAGCUGUGGUGAACAUGGAGUGCUGGACACAGUGUACGCCUGCCAGAAGGUGAAUGGAAAUGACACUUUUAUAGAAUACGUGGACGAUGAAGUUUGCUAUGGAAAAGAGCGGCCGGAAGUAGACACGGCUUGUAACAGGUUUCCAUGUCCAGUACAAACUUACAUGUGGAAAAUAUUUGAUUGGGCACAAUGUACACAUUCGUGUGGAUUCGAGGGCAUUCGGAUACCGAUACUGAACUGCCAAACCUCUGAUGCUGAAGAGGUCGACCCUGUGUUGUGUGGGCCAGUGACGUCACCACCGGCGUCAUUAGAGUGCAACAGACUUCCAUGUCUUAUGGAAUGGCAGUCUAGUGAAUGGUCUCAGUGCUCUGUAUCAUGUGGAAGGGGAACACGUACUCGAAAUGUGUUCUGCACAAAUCCGCAGCCUGAGACUGAUGACAUCAGCAAUUGUUCCGGAGAUCGCCCCGGUACAGAAGAGAGCUGUAACUCUCGGCCAUGUUCUAGAGGUCGACGUUGCGUACAGGAUCGAAUACGUGUAUGCCGGCGUAGGGCUUCGAGGGCCAAGUGUUCCUAUGCGGGUUACAGGAAGAUGUGCUGUAAAACGUGUCAACGGUAUAUACGACUGGGAUAGACGCUGAUGGGACAGCGCUAGCGACCAAGUGUGCAAUUGCUGUCAACGUUAUGAUAGGUAACAGGGGCAAUGAAAGACAAAAAAACAUUGGAAUAGUUGUCAAAGUUAGAAUAAACAUUCGGACAAUGAUAGAAAACAACUGAAGAAUUGCUGGCAAUGUUAGGAAAGGCAACAUGGCAAUGAUCGACACAAUUGUGUAAUAGCUAACAAGGUACGAUAUGCAUUGGGGCAAUGAUACACAACAAUUGUGGGAUUUCUGACAAAGGUACGAUAGGCACUUGAGCAAGUAUGGACAAUACGUGUGGUGUUGUUGUCAACGUUAGGAUGGGCUCUUGGAUAACGAUAGAAAAGCGUAGGAAAGCUUUCAACAUAUUAAGUUGACCAUUGAUUAUUACAGCAAUUGAGCAAUUGUGAGGUAGCUAUUAGAGUUGAAAUAUGCAUCAAGUAAUUGACAGACAUCAAUUGCGAAAGAGUUGUCAAUGUGAGGAUAGGCAUCAUUUCAGCAACAUGCACCGUUUGUUGAGUCGCUAUCAAAGUAAGGAAAGGUGUCACAACAGAACCGGAACAAUAAGAAAAUUGAGGUAAAGACUGACAAAAUGUUUGUGAUAUAUAUAUAUAUAGCUGUAAGCACCGGCAAGUUAAUGCAACGAUGAACAGAUAUUGUAAUUCUGUGAUGACAAGGAAAGCUUAGGCUAUGUCGUUAGGCAAAGGCAAACAACGACAAGAAUUGUACAAUAGCUACAGUGAAUAGCGGUUAGGAUAUGAUCAGGGCAUCCUCGAUAUCCAGGUGUUACGCUCACUUUCGCUCUCUACACCCCUGGAAUAUGUCAUAGCAUAUUUGAAGGCACGCGGCUAGCUGUAUGGUUGGUGUCAGGUAAAAAAGCCUGACUAAUCACUGGGCUAAUUACUAAUUACAAAGGAGCGACGCCCGACUUCAAAGCCUGUCAAUGUUUACCGUUACGCGUCCGCGAUAUUCUUUUGA